GUGGCUUUGGGUUUAAUGAAGCAUUUCUUUGAAGUCACGCUGAGUGAGUGUGCUGCACAUCUGCCUGUCUGCACAGGGCAGCCACUUCAGCUUCCUUUUCUGAGGGGGCACCAAGAGAGCUACAUGUCCACCAGAACUUCAGCAAGUGAAGAUGAAAGCAAGGUGGCUCUUCUCUCUCCUUUGUUUGCUCUCAGUGCCCAGUGUCACAGGUCAGACUGCAGACGUCAUUACCCAGAGAGAAGUGGUCUAUGCUCUGCCAGGUACUGACGUGACCCUGGUGUGCAUGUUCCCAAAGCCACACACCACCCACAUCGUACAGACACAGUGGUCCAAGACUGAUGGCAGCCCCUCUACCAAGAUAGCUGUAUAUCACCCCAACUAUGGCACCCAUUACUUCAAGUUUUCUGAGGCUCCUUACAACUUUUCGGUGUCCUUCAGCACAAGGAGGUGCUGCGGUGGGAAUGACACAGGGUCCUUUUGUCCCACCAAUCCAAAUGCCAUGUCUGAAUGCAGCUGGUGGGCUCUGCAUCUGGAAAAUGUUACCGUGUCCCUUAGUGGGCAGUACAAAUGCAUUUUUGCUACUUACCCAUAUGGGACAAAGGCUGCAAAAAUUCAACUUACUGUCAAGGCAGAAGAAGAGAGGCACUACUUGAAGAAAGUGUGGUUAAAGCAGACUUUAGAAAUUCCAUGCCUUGAGGACGCAACCUCAGAAAAUUUGUCCACUUAUCCUUUGAAAUGGCUAGUGGGUGAAAAAGGAAGGGAAGAGGAACUCGUGACCAAGGAGCCCUCCUGUCCUGCUGUGUACAGGAACAGCAGUGUGCUGCUCGGGCAGAGAGUCCUCCUGGGUUUGAACAACGCUCUAAAGGUUUUCCCCAUCAAAAUCACUGAUGAUGGCAGAGUCUUUUCCUGCCACGUGCUGUUCCACCCAGAGAGAGUCCAGAGGAGCAGUACCACUGUCAGAGUAUUUGCUUACCCUGAGAUCUUCAUUAGCCUGCAGGAGGGCUCAGCCAGCACCUCGCAGAAGGCAAGUGUGAGCUGUGUGGUGAGGAAGGCGUUUCCCAAGCCCAGGCUCCUGUGGAAUGUGGGCAGAGCCAGCCUGGCGGAGCAGCCUGCAGAAAUUUCUGUGGUACAAGAAGACUCGCAGGACAGUGAAGGUUUCUAUGAGUUGAGAUCAACACUGAUUCUGCAAGGGACCCAUGAGACACACAAGACAGUCUCCUGUGUGUGUCUGUUUCCCUUGCCGGGAAAUGAAACAAGGAAUAUUUCAUCAGAAGAAAUAUUUGUUUCCUUUGACAAUAAAUCUAAUGAAGCCUCAGCUGAAGUUUUUACUACCACGGUUUCAGAUGGCUUCAAUAAUUCAACACUCACAUCAGCCAUCAUGACAGACUCAGAGCACCAGUCGACAUCUGUGGCCUCUCUGGACUUCACAAGUCAAGCAAAUUUGGUUCCUGCUUCCACAACACAAGCGGGAGCACUGUCUUCUACCACAGAGGCAAAAGGCAACACCAGUGCCACAGCAUCCAGUGAGACUUUGACAACAGCACGUAACCUGUCCUACAGCAUCACAGACCAGACAAUCUCAGUUACCAGAGGAGAAGAUUUCUUUCCUACCAGCAGCCUGCUGAACAGUACUGGUGACAGGAGGAACACCAAAGCCAGUCAGUUCCCCUGGCCAACAGCGGUAGCUGUCCUGCUCCUCCUCUGCAGCUCUCUGGUAGCUUUAGGCAUCAGGAAGUGGUGUCAGUACCAGAAAGAGAUAAUGAACAGACCUCCAUCUUUCAAGCCACCACCACCUCCAAUAAAGUACACCUCCAUGGCAGAGUCUGACGGGGCUCCCCCAUCCUGCCACGAGCUGGAAAACCUGUAACGUCACCUGCACCCCUUGUGUAGCACACAGAAG